AUUUGUGUUUAAGAAUAUUGCAAAUAUGAGUGGUUGCAGAGUCUUCAUUGGUCGGCUGAACCCAGCUGCCAGAGAGAAAGAUGUGGAGAGGUUCUUCAAGGGCUAUGGAAGAAUCCGAGACAUUGAUCUGAAGAGAGGUUUUGGGUUUGUGGAAUUUGAAGAUCCAAGAGAUGCAGAUGAUGCAGUUUAUGAACUUGAUGGCAAAGAACUCUGCAAUGAAAGGGUUACGAUUGAGCAUGCCCGUCUUCGUUCCAGAGGUGGUGGACGAGGAGGCCUUGGCCGUGGAAGAUAUUCUGAUAGAUUUAGUAGUCGUCGCCCACGUAAUGAAAGAAGUGCUCCACCAAUAAGGACUGAAAAUCGUCUUAUCGUAGAAAACUUGUCGUCAAGAGUCAGCUGGCAGGAUUUAAAAGACUUCAUGAGACAAGCUGGAGAAGUUACUUUUGCUGAUGCGCACAGACCGAAACUCAAUGAAGGGGUUGUUGAGUUUGCAUCUUAUAGUGAUCUAAAAAAUGCUAUCGAGAAAUUGUCUGGCAAAGAAAUCAAUGGACGGAAAAUCAGACUGAUUGAAGGAAACAAAAGGCACAGCAGGUCAAGAAGUCGCUCCCGUAGCAGAAGCUCAUCUAGGUCUCGCAGCCGAUCUCGUUCCAGGAGCAGGAAGUCCUACAGCCGUUCUCGUAGCCGCAGCCGUACCCCUCGUAGCAACCGCAGUAAAUCAAGAUCAGUGAGUAGGUCUCCCAUUCAAGACAAAUCUCAAAAGGCAGCUGCAUCUAGGAGCCCAUCUAAAUCCCCUGCAUCUGCUGAUCGGCAAAGGUCUCGGUCGAGAUCCAGAUCUGUUGAUAGCAGAAACUGAACUUUUUAUACCUUUUUCGUACCCUAUUUUACUCCCCCGCCCCUGACUUUGUGUAAAGUAUACUUGCUACUCUUGGUAAGUAUAAAAUUGAUUAAAAACGAGCAGGAACAUAGAAUACAAACUUAGUGUGGACCACUGAGACAGAUACAAACUGUCUUUAUUACCUUCCACCUGCUUGUGACUUGUAUAGUUUUGUGUAAAGUACUUCACUUUUUCCUCUUGGAUGUGAUUGAUGACCUGAUUGUGUAUGUGAGCUUAACAUGGGAUAUCUCAUUUGCUCAUUGCUGUAAAUAAAGCUGUUUUGUGUGUUUGCCCU